CUCUUCAUUGUGAAAAGUUUAAAAGGGAUCUCCCAUUAUUUUGUGUUUUCCCAUGUCAGAGAGAAAUCAUCUCUCCGCCACUCUGUCCGCCGCCGUGAUGGAGACUGCCGAAGAGCAAGAAGCCGUUCUCUUCCACUCUUAUCCAUGUGCUUACUACGUACAAAGCCCCUCCACUCUCUCCCACGCCAACAGCUCCGACAUUCGGAACCCUGCCGAGGUCUCCACUUGCCACUCCCCUCUCCCCUCCGACACUUUUCCCAACGCCCAUCACCACCACCACCGCAACCCGACGCAGGAAGCCUCUCGCUUUACUCUCUCCCACUACUCGUCCUCCCGUGGCUCAAACCAUGGGGCUGGGACAGACAAUGGCGAGGCUCGGCUGAUUGUGGGUCGUGGCAAUGGUGGAGAUUGCGAGGAGGAAGAGGAGGAAGGGGAGGGAAACGAGGAAGGGUAUUAUGGGAAGAGAAAAAGAGGUUGUUGGAAGAGGUAUUUUACGUAUAGGAAUUCGGAUUCUAAUGCAUGGAUUUGCUUGCAAUUGAGUUGGAGGGCAAUUUUCAGCAUGGGAAUUGCUUUGCUUGUCUUUUACAUUGUCACUAAUCCUCCUUCACCAAUCAUUACUGUUAAGGUGGGAGAAAUAGAAGAGUUUAUGUUAGGGGAAGGAGUGGACAAAACAGGGGUUGGGACUAAGAUUCUAACAUGCAAUUGCACAAUGGAUGUAAUUGUGGACAAUCACUCUAAGCUUUUUGGCCUUCACAUCCUUCCUCCAUCUCUUCAUAUGUCUUUUGGCCCUCUUCCCAUUGCAGCUUCACAAGGUCCAAGAUUGUAUGCUGAGAGUGGAAGGACGAGGUUCCGAUUGAGUGUGGGCACAAGCAAUAAGGCAAUGUAUGGUGCGGGGAGGGACAUGGAAGACAAGCUUGAUUCAGGGAUCGGAUUGGAGCUUACAAUUCGACUCAAUUUCAUUUCAAAUUAUAGGGUUGUUUGGAAAUUCAUAAGCCCACAUUUUCAUCGUCAUGUCCAAUGCUUGUUGCUCCUUCGCAAACCCUACGAUAGAAACCCUCACACCCGAUCAUUUAAUAGUACUUGCUUCACUUCUUGAUUAUCAUGUUAACCACCAAAUUUUGCUUCUUAGUAAAUGAUGAAAAUAUUAUACUAUAA